UCAAUUCCUAAUAGCAUUUAUCGAUCGGGGAUGACCCCACUUGAUGCACCCGCCACGCGUUGCCAUUGGCGUGGGUGUGGUGACACAAACAAAACAAAUGCAUCCUCACAGAAAGUGCAAACGUUCCCGCGGAAGGAUGUCAUCUAGUUGGCCGUCUGUAGCCGCAGGAAUCGCCCUGUUGCUGUUCGCGGUGACCAAGUCGGCCUACUGCAUCAAGUGCAUCGAGUGCAAGAGCGACCUGUACGAGGAGGCGUGCGAUGCAGUCGGGAAGGUCGUAACCUGCAACGAGGACAACGCCUCCGAGCAUUUCCGGUAUCUGCAGAAGCUGGACAAGAACCUACAGGAACCGCGCUGGAACAAGGGCUACGCCUGCAUGAAGAUCAAAGUAGGCAACCAUCGACUCGUCAAGGGGUGCAUCUACGCCAACUUGGAUGUCUGCAUGGCGUUCCGCAAGCGGGCCAAACCGGCCAAGCCUUGCUCGAUUUGCCAGGAUAACGAGUGCAACAGCAUCAAGUAUCGCGAUUACUACUUGAACUAAGCGUAGGUUGCUGUGAUUGUUGUUCAAACUCAAUGGUUAAUAAAUGUGUGGCACUUUA